UUCCAGCUACCAUAAACCAAGAACUCUCACUCUCUCUCUCUCUCUUGCUGGGUAUGGAGAAGGAAUCAAGCGGAGCGGCAAAAGCCAAGAAACUGGGGAACAUAGUGAAGAUAGUUCUGGUAAUGUUGAGGAAAGGCCUGUCAGAGAGCAAGGUAAUAGCCGAUCUCAGCGUGCUGUUAAAACGCAGCAAGGUCGCCGGAAAAGCCAUCAGCGACCUCAUGCUCCACCACCACUACUCCGCCUUCAGCUGCCGCUCCGACGACGUCCGCCUCUCCUUCGUCUCGCCCCGAGAGUACGAAUUCAGCUGCAGCAACACCCCGAUUUAUCUCUCCAAGCGCAAAAACCACCACCGCGUCGAUUACAUAAGCGCCGCCAUCCACAAUGUGUUUGUUGAUGAAGGGUCGCCGGCGAUGGCGCUGCCGGGGUUCGGAAUGAGCCCGGUGGUGCGGCAGCUGAGGAUUACAGACUCGCCGUUCCCAUUGAAAGAUGGAGAUGAGGAAGAUGAUGAUGCCCAAGUGGACAAGGCUGCUGAAGAGUUCAUCAGCAAGUUUUACAGAGAUUUGAGGCGCCAAACGAGGAUGGCUGCCCUUGAGUCUCCGUCGCCAUACCAUAUAUGGGCUACCUAGCUAAUCAAGCUUGUUCCUAUAUCGAAAAAUCAACAUUUGGUCAUGUUGCUUAUCAACUUUAAUUCAGCAUUUGGUCUUAAUUAAUAUAAUUUGGGCAAAUCUGUAAUCAGA